UGAGUGCCCCUGAGUUCAAUCCCUGUACCCCCACCAAAAAAAGGGGGCGUUAUCUUUCUAGAAGUUGUUUAAAAAUUCAGAGCAGAAACAAAGCAUGAACAAUAGAGAGGUUGCAUUGCCUAUUAUGGUGUCUGCCCUUAUAGCAGUAUUUGCUCAAGAUGGCUUCAGAAGGUCACUUUCAGCUCUUUGCUUCUGUGACCAAAAAUAGCAUCUUUGGCAAGUCUGGUUUCAGUUAGGCCUUUGCUCACCUCCUGAAUUCCACGCAGGAUCUUAAAAGCCCCUGAGGAAUAAAAGAUUAAGUCUGCCCAAUGAACUCCGUGAUUCUGUACUUUUAUUAUAAGAGUGUUCCAAACGGGAGCGGGGUGGAGAGAAGGGACGGCCUUUCACUCAACCGAUACCCUGGCAGCAAGCCGAGACAGGUCUGCGCAAUCUGCCAAGUCACCGGCUCCGCUAGGACCCAGAAUUGAAAGCGCUCCGGAGACUGGUGGAUCUGCCCCUCCUUUAGAGAAAGGAUGCGGGCACCCGGACUAAGGUGUGUGUGUUGAGUAGUUUCUGUGCAGAAUCAAGGGCUCGGCCGACUGAGAGCACUAGGAAGAAGCCUCCAAGGUGUUGGUGGCAGGCAGGGGCGCCAGGCUUGGGGAACUGGAGGCCUGGCAGAGAAGUAUACCAAGGGCGGCAGCGACGAGCAGAAGAGCAAGGAAGGGCCCGGAGACUCAUGAGGUUGCCGGAAGACUGUAUUUCUGAGACGUCCUCUGGGCUCGGCGAAGCAAAGACUGAGCAAAGGAGCGAGUGGCUUUCCAGACUCUGUAGUGUCUAAGUGGAACGAUGGCGGAUACUCAGCAUAUUCAGGAAUUCACCAAUGAAACAUGGCAAGCACGUACAGGAGAACCACUGCCUGACCAUAUGGUUCUGCUUGUGUGGUCCCUCAUUGUGUCUCUUUUCCCCUUGGGGGGACUUCUUGGAGCAUUGCUUGCAGGACCCAUGGCCAUCAAACUGGGAAGGAAGAAGUCGCUCCUGGUGAACAACAUCUUUGUGGUGACUGCAGCCAUGCUGUUUGGCUUCAGCCACAAAGCAGGCUCCUUUGAGAUGAUCAUGCUGGGAAGACUGCUUAUGGGAGUCAGUGCAGGUGUGAGCAUGAACAUUCAGCCCAUGUACCUGGGGGAGAGUGCUCCUAAGGAACUUCGAGGAGCAGUGGCCAUGACCUCAGCCAUCUUUACAGCCCUGGGGAUUGUGAUGGGUCAGGUGGUUGGACUGAGGGAGCUGCUGGGUGGCCCACAAGUCUGGCCCCUGCUGCUGGCCAGUUGCCUGGUGCCUGGGAUACUCCAACUUGUCUCCCUGCCCCUUCUUCCUGAGAGCCCACGUUACCUCCUCAUUGACUGUGGAGACACAGAGGCCUGCCUAGCCGCCCUGCAGCUGCUGCGGGGCACCCAGGAUGUGACAAAGGAGAUGAAGGAGAUGGAGGAGGAGCGUGCUGCCUGCCAGGGCCGCCAGGCAAGGCACCCAUGGGAGUUGUUCCAGGAUCGGGACCUGAGGAGGCAAGUGACAAGCCUCGUGGUGCUGGGCAGUGCCCUGGAGCUCUGUGGGAAUGACUCGGUAUAUGCCUAUGCCUCCUCAGUGUUCUGGGAAGCAGGAGUGCCUGAAGAGAUGAUCCAGUAUGCCAUCAUUGGGACUGGGAGCUGUGAACUGUUUGCAACUUUUGUUAGCUGCGUGGUGAUUGAGAGGGUGGGACGAAAGGUGCUACUGAUGGGGGGAUACUCUCUGAUGACCUUCUGGGCUACCAUCUUCACAGUAGCCCUGUGCCUGAAGAGCUCCUUCCCCUGGAUGCCCUACCUGGCUAUGUCCUGCAUCUUUGCUUUCAUCCUCAGCUUUGGCAUUGGUCCUGCUGGAGUGACAGGAAUCCUGGCCACAGAGCUGUUUGAUCAGACAGCCCGACCUGCUGCUUACAUGGUCUGUGGGGCGCUUAUGUGGACCAUGCUCUUCCUGGUUGGAAUUGGGCUCCCAUUUAUCAUGCCAUCUACGCUGGAUUGUUCCUCCCUGAGACCAAAGGCAAGACCUUCCUGGAGAUCUCUGAGGAACUGUACAGACUCAACUUGUCCAUGCAGGUCCAGGGCCCCACAAGGAGUAGCAGGGAGGUCAUCCAGUCCACAGAGCUAUAGCUGCACAGUUGUGGCAGGGGCUAAAGGUGACUGCUGCCCUGUCCUUUGCUUUUCAGAUUCACUUGCAUUUUAAUGAGUGUUUAUUGAGUGCAGACAUGGUACCAGGUAUUUAGCAAUCAUUGGUGAGCCAGGCAGGCAGGACAUGCAACCCCUUGAUGCUUGAUGUCUAAAGACAACUAACUGACAGGAAACCAAUUAAAACAUUCACACUUGUGAGAAUACAGUGGAAGAGAAGUACAGGUGGUGCUGGGAGCCUGACCUAGUCUGGGAGGAAGGAGGUGGUUAAAAAAGGAUUUUCUGAGAAACUGAUAUUAAAAAUGAACUUUACUGGAGCUGGGGAUAUAGCUCAGUUGAUAGAGUGCCUUGCAUGCAUGAGACCCUGGGUUCAAUCCCCAGCACAACAACCACAAAAAAGGUAAAUCAACUUUAUUGGAAUAUAAUUUACAUACUAUCCUAUAUAUCCAUUUUAAGUGAAUAUCUGAUGAGUUGCGACAGAUGUAUACACCCUUGAAAUACCACUAUAAUCAAGGUAGACCAUUUGCAUCACCUCCAAAGCACCCUUAUGCCCCUUGGCUAUCAAUAACCCACUCCACCACUUACCCCAGGCAAACACUGACCUGUUUUCUGCCACUACCAGUCAGAUUUGCCUUUUUUAUACUUUGAUAAUUCUAUAUUCUAUGAAUGCACUUGUGUCUGGCUUUCUUUGAAUAAAGUUUUUGUUGCAUUUGUUAGUAUAUAUUCCUUUGUGUUGCUGAGUAGUUAUCCCCUGUAUGAAUAUACCAUGAUUUGUUUAUCCCUUUGUCUGUUAGUAGACAUUUGGAUUGCUUCUAAUUCUUGGCCAUCAUGAAUAAAAUUGCUGUGAAUAUUCCUAUGCAGAUUAUUGUAUAGAUGUAUGUUUUCAUUUUUUGUGUAUCUUCUUGGGCUACUAUAACACAGUAUCACAGACUGGGUGGCUUACAAACAACAGAAAUUUAUUCCUCAUAAUUCUUGAGACUGGAAAGUCUAGGAUCAAGGGACUGCUUCCUGGUUUAUAAAGAUCUGUCUUCUAAAAAAAAAAAAAAUUUAAGAAAAAAAAAGAUCUAUCUUCUUGCUGUAACUUCACAUGGCAGAAUGAGUGAGGAAGAUUCAUCACUUUUUAAUUUUAUUUUUACUUUGCAGUGCUGGGGAUUGAACCCUGGGCCUUGUACUUUUGAGGAAAGCACUCUACCAAUUGAGCUAUAUUCCUAGCCUGCUUCAUCACUUUUAUAAGGGCACUAGUGGAUCCCAUUCAUGAAAGCUCUACCCUCAUGACCUAAUCACAUCUUAAAGGCAUAGCCUCCAAAACCAUCAUAUUAGUUAGCAAGAGAUCUCUAGAGAAGUUAUUGGGAAUGACAGCAUUGCAAUGGGAAUACGUGGACCAAUACUAAACUAUGGGUGCAUUCAAGAAGGUUGGGCAAGUAGUUUUUACAGGAAAAAAUGAAAAAUUUUGGUGAGCUGCGCAGAUGCAAAGUAUUCAUUAAUCUGUUUUCCAAGGUGAUUAUAGAGUGUUUUACACUUUCACUAGCAACGAUUGAGAGUUCUGGAUAUCCAAAUCAUCAGUACUUGGUAUUGUCAGUCUUUACAAUUUGGUCAUUCUAGUGAGUGUGUAGUCAGUACUCUCUUUGUGCUUUAAUUAUGGUACUUCCUCGAUGACUAGUGAAGUUGACCACCUUUUCAUGUGCUUAGUAUGACCAUUUAUCUGCUUUUGUGAAGAAUCCGUUCAUAUAUUUUGCCUACUAUUUUCAUUGGAUCAUCUUAUUUUUUAACUGCAGUCAUGCUCUAUACAUUUUGGCUGCCAGUACUUGGUCAGAUAUAUAUAUUG